AUGCUCGCUGAAGUACAGGAAAACGAGCAUUUUUCUCUGAAGUCCGAUAACAAAACCCUGGAUGUACGUAAUGCUUUACCUUCGCACUCUGGAAACUACACCGCCUUUGCAGUUGUUAUGCAGAUUGGGUCACUUGUUGAGUCUGUACUUUCUUUUACAUCAUUUGAUUUAAGAGUUCGUGAUCUCUACCUAAAAGCUGUGGUCCGAAGUCCGCUUGUAGUGCAGCUCGGUAAUAACGUCAUCUUGAAAGUGGAGAAAUCAGCGUUGGGCACUUUAGUAUGGAAGCACAAUGGAAACCUGUUGUCCGGUCACGAACCUCAUUACGCUUACGGGAAUCCUCGAAAAACUGAGUUGGAAAUAUCUAAUGCAGGCCCGGAGCAGGCAGGAGUUUACGAGGUUUUCCUUAAGGAGGGUGGAUGUGAGAAACGUGCAGAGAUUCAAGUCCAGACAGGGAGCAUCAAAAUUCGGCCGAUCAGCUCUCAUUCCGACAUCUGUGUUGGGGAAAACACUUCCUUUGCUGUGGAAGUUAACAACUAUUUUGAUGACCUAGAUUUCCAUGUUAUUUGGAGAUAUAACAUGCUUCAAGUGCAGGAAAAUGAGCAUUUUUCUCUGAAGGCUGAUAACACAGUCCUGAAUGUACACAAUGCCUUACCUUCGCACUCUGGAAACUACACCGCCUUUGCUGUUCUCAUGCAGAAUGGGUCACCUGUUGAGUCUGUACUUUCUUUUACCUCAUUUGAUCUAAGAGUUCGUGAUCUCUACCUAAAAGCUGUGGUCCGAAGUCCGCUUGUAGUGCAGUUCGGUAAUAACGCCAUCUUGAAAGUAGAGAAAUCAGUGUUGGGCACUUUAGCAUGGAAGCAUAAUGGAAAUCUGUUGUCUGGCCACGAACCUUAUUACGCUUACGGGAAUCCUCAAAAAACUGAGUUGGAAAUAUCUAAUGCAGGCCCGGAGAUGGCAGGAGUUUACGAGGUUUUCCUUAAGGAGGGUGGAUGUCGGAAACGUGAAGAAAUUCAAGUCCACACAGGAGACAUCAAAAUUCGGCCGAUCAGCUCUCAUUCCGACAUCUGUGUUGGGGAAAUAGCGUCCUUUGCAGUGGAAGUUAACAACUAUUUUGAUGACCCGCUAAAUUUCCAAGUUUUUUGGAGAUAUAACAUGCUUACUGAAGUAGAAGAAAACGAGCAUUUUUCUUUGAAGGCGAACAACACAACGCUGGAUGUACACGAUGCUUUACCUUCUCACUCUGGAAACUACACCGCCUUCGCAGUUGUAGUGGAGAAUGGGUCACUUGUUGAAAAUGUGCUUUCUUUUACCUCGUUUGUUAUGAGUGUUCAUGAUGUAUUCCUGAAUGCCUCGGUCGAGAGUCCUAUCAAAAUAAAGGCUGGUGAUUCUACAAUCUUCAAAGUUGAGAAAUCAGAUCUGGGCGCCUUAUUUUGGACGCACGAUGAAGAGUUAGUGGACGAUAAGAGCCCUCACUACACCUUGAAUGCUAAUAAAACCGAGCUGGAAAUAGUUGCAGCACGCCUGGAACAAGCGGGAAUCUACGAAAUUGUACUCAAAGAGGGCAGAUGCGAGAUAAGCAAAGUUUUUGAAGUUCAGAUAUAUGUAGCAGAACUCAUGAAAGAUGUCAAUGUGCUUAUGAAAGAGAGUAAAGACGCAGAGGAUUCAGGCGAUUCAGAGUUUUGGGCGAUCACGUACAUGAUUUUGGUUUACGCUGAAGCCUUACGCGGAUUUCUCUUCUACAAGUGGUACAUUGCACCAGCUGCUGGUGGAGUAUUGCUUAUUGUAGUCACUGUGUUGGUCAAUCGCUUUGGUAGGCUGGGAGAGAAGAAAAAAAGCCCCAAGGAAAAUGCUGAAACACAUUCUGAAGCUGAAAAAGGACAACCCAGUCGGCAUUUUGUGUUGAAGAACCCUGUUGUCACAUUACUAAAAGAGGUCAUCUAUCCAUCCGCUGACCAAACAUUUCCAGCGUCAGCGGACAACUUAACCACGAAUACGUGCGUAGGGAGAGAAAAUCAUAUCCAGUCCCCUAGUUUGGAUCAUUAUAGGCAGGAAUCCCAUUACAGUGGUAUUGCAGUAGCUCCCGACUCGCUUGUGGGGCCAACCGUUCUACCUCCGACUCAAGAAAAAAAGAAGACAUCCAGCGAUGGGAGUGACGCUAACUAUGAUAGCUGCGACUCGUUUUGACUUUUAACAGGUUAAAAAAAGAGACAUCCAGCGAUGGCGCUAACUAUGAUAGCUGCGACUCGUUUUGACUUUUAGCAAGUGUCAUUAAAAUUAAAAAAUUACCCAGGGAGUCAUUAGA